CUCAAUUCUACAAGAUACAGUUUCAAGAUCAAACAUGUACAUAAACAGUAAGGAUUCUGAUGGCAAAGCGCCUUUACAUCUUGCUGCAGAAAAGAACAAUUUAUAUUCUGGGGACCUUUUAUUAAAGGAUGGAGCGGAUGUUAAUGUCAAAACAAGGUACGGAGAUAGCCCAUUGUAUAUAAGCGCUGUAAAGCGUCAAAAAGAUUUUGUUCAACUUCUUGUGAAAUGGAACGCCAAUAUCAAUGAACUGAAUGGCUCUUAUAAACAAUCAGCUUUACAUAUGUGUUUUCAAUCAGGAUGCAAAGAAAUUGCGGAUAUUCUGUUGGAUGCAGGCGCUGAUGUUAAUCUGGCUGACGGGAAAGGUGAGACAGCUUUACAUUAUGCUGCUAGGUGUGAAAGUUCGAAACUCGCCAAAUUGCUUAAAGAAAAACGUGAGAUUAUCGAUCGAACCAGCUUUAGUGGAAAAACUGCUGACUUGACGCAUUGGACAGCUUUAUAUACUGCUGCUGUUAAAGAUAGUAAGAGACUCAUCCAGUUGCUUUUAGAUAAAGGCGCGGAUGUUAAUAGCAUUGACGAUUCAGGGAAAACAGCUUUACAUUACGCAUCACAAAACGGUUCAAAUGAAAUUGUCGAUUUUUUACUUCAAGCUGGAGCCUCAUCAGAUAUCAUAGACAACCGUGGUCAAACUGCUUUACACUGUGCUGUUCAGGUAGGGGUUAAUUCUAAAACAGCCUUAACACUCUUAAAAAGAACACAUCUUUUUGACAUCGCAGACAGUAAUGACAAAACAGCUUUACACUACAGCUGUCAAAACGACCUUAAAGAAGUUGUGGAGGCGUUACUGGAAGCUGGAGCUGAUGUUGACCGCAGAGACCAGCUCUGGAGGACCCCAUUGCAUUACAGUGUAACAGGGAAGAAGGUUGAGACCAUCAGACUACUAAUCCAACGAGGCGCUACUCUUGACAUUGCAGACAACUUAGGUUGGACACCUUUGUAUAUGGCCACUAUGUUUUCAAACGAUGAAGCAGUUGCUGUUCUAAGACAACACGGAGCUAAGUCAUCAGCGAAGAUUAAAAUGAUAAACGCUAACGCUGUUUUGGACUGUUCAAAGUUUAUAGAAGUAAAAUCAAUGACAGAAACAACUUCAUCACCAAGUAUUACAACGCCACCACCUUCUGCUUAUGCUCCAAUUUUAAGAGAUGAUACUACCCCAAGUAAUGACACUACACCAUCUAUGGAUGCAACACCAUCAUCUUCUUCCGAUGCUCCAAAUGAAAGUAAUGAUACUACCCCAAAUUCUGAUAAUGCACCAUCUUUAGUUAUAACACCAACAGUUUCUACAACUACUGUAGUUACAAGUGAUGAUACUAAUCCAAGUAAUGAUAAUGCACUAUCUAUGGACGUAACACCAACAGCUUCCACAGCUGCUCCAAAAGCACCUGAUGAUACUACCCCAAGUAAUGAUAAUGCACCAUAUAUAAAAAGAACACCAACGGCUUCUACAGCUACUUCAAAUGAAAGUGAUGAUACUGCCCCAAGUAAUUACAAUACAACAACUAUGGAUACAACACCUACAGCUGCUACCGUUAUAUCAGAUACAGGUGAUGAUACUACCCAAAGUACCGAUACUUCACCAUCUAUAAAUACUACACUAACAGCUUCUACCACUACACCAGAUGCAAGUGUUGAAACUACCCAACAUACUGACAUUGCACUAACUAUAAAAACACAAGAAGAGAUUAAUGUCAAUAGUGUCGACAUAUUGGAGGAGAGCUACAUCGAGAAUGUUGAAGAUACUAAACAAACACAAACAAAAUCUGUGACUCAAUUGGAUGACUAUUUUCCAUUACUUGAUGUUAAAAAUGUUAUUGAGAAAGAAAUGGCGAAAAUGUCCGAAAAUGAAAAAAAAAGAGGCAGCGGAAAGACAGUAAUGAAUGUCAGUAUCCAUUACAAGCCAAAGAUAGUACAUCAUUGCAACGAGUUAAAUGUGGAGAAUGUAAAGUACCUCGCCAUGGACAGCAAUCAAAACAUCUUCAUUGGCAAGUCUAGAGGAGCUUGUGACAGAGCAGCUAUAGACUCUUCUGCCAUUACGUGAACCAUGCUUCAA